AUGGCUGCUGCUCCAAGGACACGGGAGGCAGGAAAGGCCAGCGCCCUUGGAGACCACCAGGAGGCCGUGCCAAGCCGCGAUUCUCUGUCAUUGCAGUUCUGGGAGGUGAUCAGCGAUGAGCACGGGAUCGACCCCACUGGCAGUUACCAUGGAGACAGUGACUUGCAGCUGGAGCGGAUCAACGUGUACUACAAUGAGGCUGCUGGCAACAAGUACGUACCUCGGGCCAUCCUGGUGGACCUGGAGCCUGGCACCAUGGACUCGGUGAGGUCGGGACCCUUCGGCCAGAUCUUCAGGCCCGACAACUUCGUGUUUGGUGAGUGGUCAGGGCAGGGGUGCUGGUGCAGGGUUUGCCCACUCCCAACCACCACACCCACUCCCGGGCUCACAACGAAGCAGAACGUGAUCACAGCGUCCCAGGGAGCCCCUGGAAAUGCUGAACUAGCGGAGCAUGAACUGUGA